GGCAAAGCUCAAGAUGGCGGACAAAAUGCCAGGUGGCUCUCAGAAGGCCAGUUCAAAGACAAGAUCAUCAGAUGUUCAUUCAUCUGGAUCUUCAGAUGCACAUAUGGAUGCAUCUGGACCCUCAGAAAGUGAUAUGCCAAGUCGAACACGACCUAAGAGCCCAAGAAAACAUAAUUAUAGGAAUGAAAGUGCCCGUGAAAGCCUUUGUGAUUAUCCUCACCAGAAUACUUCAAACCCUCUUCUAGAAAACAAACUUAAAGCAUUCAGUAUUGGAAAAAUGAGUACAACUAAGCGAACUUUAAGUAAGAAGGAGCAAGAAGAAUUGAAGAAAAAGAAGGAUGAAAAGGCUGCUGCUGCGAUUUAUGAGGAAUUUCUUGCUGCUUUUGAAGAAAGUGAUGGUAAUAAAGUGAAGACAUUUGUGUGCGGAGGUGUUGUUAAUGCAGCUAAAGAAGAACAUGAAGCAGAUGAAAAAAGAGGCCAAAUCUAUAAGCCAUCUUCAAGAUUUGCAGAUCAAGAAAACCCUCCAAAUCAGUCAUCCAAUGAAAGACCACCAUCUCUUCUUGUGAUAGAAACCAAAAAACCUCCACUGAAGAAAGGGGAGAAAGAAAAGAAAAAAAGCAAUUUGGAACUCUUCAAAGAAGAAUUGAAACAAAUUCAAGGAGAGCGUGAUGAGAGACAUAAAACAAAAGGCAGGUUAAGUCGCUUUGAGCCUGCUCAGUCAGAUUCUGAUGGUCAGCGGCGUUCCAUGGAUGUGUCUUCAAGAAGAAAUAGAUCAUCUGUUCUUGAUGAUUAUGCGCCUGGGUCACAUGAUGUGGGAGAUCCAAGCACUACUAAUUUAUACCUUGGAAACAUUAAUCCACAGAUGAAUGAAGAAAUGCUGUGCCAAGAAUUUGGAAGAGACCAUUAGCUAGCCAGUGUGAAAAUUAUGUGGCCUAGAACUGAUGAAGAAAGAGCAAGGGAGAGAAAUUGUGGCUUUGUGGCCUUUAUGAAUAGAAGAGAUGCUGAAAGAGCUUUAAAAAAUUUAAAUGGAAAGAUGAUUAUGUCUUUUGAAAUGAAGUUAGGUUGGGGUAAAGCUAUGCCUAUUCCUCCACAUCCAAUAUACAUUCCGCCAUCUAUGAUGGAACAUAUGCUUCCCCCACCUCCAUCAGGACUGCCUUUUAAUGCGCAGCCUAGAGAGCGGUUAAAAAACCCCAAUGCUCCCAUGUUACCACCACCUAAAAACAAGGAGGAUUUUGAGAAGACUCUGUCGCAAGCCAUAGUCAAAGUGGUUAUCCCAACAGAAAGGUACAUGUUUUUCUUUAUUAUUACUGAUCUAAAUAUAGACAAUAUCCCCGAUGUACCAGAUGACCUUGAUGGUGCCCCUAUUGAAGAAGAGCUUGAUGGUGCACCUUUGGAAGAUGUGGAUGGAAUUCCUAUUGAUUCUACUCCCAUUGAUGAUCUUGAUGGAGUCCCUAUAAAGAGUUUUGAUGAUGUUGAUGAUGGAGUGCCUUUAGUGGAUGCCACUGAAGACUCAAAGAAGAAUGAGCCUAUAUUUAAAGUUGCUCCAUCAAAAUGGGAUGUAGAUGAAGAAUCUGAAUUGGAAGCACAGGCUGUAACAACUUCUAAAUGGGAGUUAUUUGACCAGCAUGAAGAAUCAGAAAAAGAAGAAAAUCAAAAUCAAGAAGAAGAAAGUGAAGAUGAAGAAGAUACUCAAAGUUCCAAAUCUGAAAAACAUCGUUUAUAUUCUAAUCCAAUCAAAGAAGAAAUGACUGAGUUCAAGUCUUCUAAGUACUCUGAAAUGAGUGAGGAAAAACGAGCCAAACUUCGUGAAAUUGAGCUCAAAGUUAUGAAGUUUCAGGAUGAACUGGAAUCUGGAAAACGACCUAUAAAACCAGGCCAGAGCUCUCAGGAGCAAGUAGAACACUACAGAGAUAAACUUCUUCAAGGAGAGAAAGAGAAAGAAUUAGAAAGAGAACUAGGAAGAGAUAAGAAGGAUAAAGAAAAAUUGGAAUCUCGAUCUAAAGACAAGAAGGAAAAAGAUGAGUGUACUCCAACAAGGAAAGAAAGGAAAAGGCGACACAGUAUGUCCCCUGGCCCAUCUCACAGUAGCAGUGGUAGACGAGUGAAGUCCCCAUCACCAAAGUUGGAGCGAUCAGAGCGUUCAGAAAGAUCGCAUAAAGAGAGUUCUCGGUCCAGGUCAUCUCACAGAGAUUCUCCUCGAGAUGUUAGCAAAAAGGCCAAAAGAUCACCAUCUGGUUCAAGAACACCUAAAAGGUCUAGGCGAUCACGGUCUAGAUCCCCUAAAAAAUCAGGGAAGAAAUCCAGAUCCCAGUCCCGAUCUCCACACAGGUCUCAUAAAAAGUCAAAGAAAAACAAACAUUGACAUACAUUUUUAAGAUGCUGUCACUUAUUGGAAAUGCAAUUUUGUUUUGUACCUGAAUGGUCUGUUUAAAAAAAAAA